UACAUAUCGCAGUAGUGAUCCUGAUAUUCCUUUUCUUACUCGCUCCGCUCCAGGUUAUCGCGAAACUGUUGCUCCGAGUCGUUUCUUGCUACAGAGCAGAGCGAUCGAGAUGCCUGAGCUAUCCGAAUCCAUCACGGCCAUCCAAGAGGGUGCCAAGGAGGACCGUUUUACAUAUCUCACCAUCUUGCAGUACCACGUAAAUACCCCAGGAGCCCUGCCCGCCUUGGAUGAAGUCCUCCAAAAUGCCGACCUCACCUCCGAGAUAGGUUGGGAUCUCGUGCAGAUGCUUAUCGGCAUCGAUGGCUACGAGCCUUGUCUGGAGACCGUCGCUCGUCUGGGAAAUCCUCGCGAAGUCAUCAUAAAGGUUAUGGAAACGCUGGCCGCCUUGGCCAAGCCCUUUAAAGAAGACCCAGAUGGCGACAAACCUGACGAGACAUCCCAUUUCGGUCUAAAGCCCAGCGAUGUACCUAGUCGCCUCAUCUCACUAAUUGGGGUUCUCGCAAUUCUUCAACGCCGGAUCAAGACAAAGCAUCCUUCGCGAUUCCUGGGACCAUCGCUAGUCUCGGUCCUUGAAGCUUACCAGCCAACACCCGAGGUGACAGCUGCCGUGAUCAACCUUGUGCGAUCGCUCUCGGGCCGCGUAAGGCCGCCUCUCCCUACACGCACUUCUAGCAUCAACGUAGCCAACCCGGAUGAGAGUGGGGAUGUGUCUAAGAAUGCUCCCGACCCCGAAGCUGAGCAAGAAGAACCAAAAGAAGAGAGCUUAAAGCGGAGACUGUUGCAAUCUUUCACUACUUGCAUUCUACAGCGCUAUGUCAACGUACAUCAAAUGCAGUGGUCGAGGCGAUUACUCGAGGUGUACUACCCCGGCAGGCUCAUUCCUGGGAGAAUGACGGCGACGCAGGCUUUUCGGGAAGAUGAGGUUUUACAGAAUUUGGACGCUGUGACGGGACAACUUGUGGCUUUAUUACGAGAUCUUGGCAUCGAUGAUUGCUCCGCUGCCUUUGUCCGGGAGGUAUUGUGCCAUCCAAGCGACGCCAAUCCCCUGCCGGAUCUUGAUAACUUUGAAUCAGUUGAUGACAUCCACCUCUCACAAGGCGGAGCUGCAUGUUUAAUUGCCUACUGGAUCUUCUCAGCAGAUUCCUUCGGGGCAGAUAGCCCAGAUCCUAAGAUGCACCUUUUCCCAGAUCAUCUAGAUAUGAUGCGAUUGUUUCUUGGUACGAACCCUAAUGAUGAAAUUACCAACAACCCCGGCGUUGCGGACGCUUUGUUGGCCAUUGGGCUUGGGCUGCACCACAGGGGCUUGAUAUCAUCCAAAGAAACUGAAGAAACAGCUUAUAUGGUCUAUCAUCACAAUUUGACCUUGAUAGCUGUGUUCCACCCAGAUAUCCAAGUCAGAAACGCCGCAACGAGAUUUGCUGGCACCCUGCUACAUUCCGAUCCUGAUGAUGAAAGUCGACUGGAUAUACUGCAGGAUCUACUAGAGAACUGUCAGUUUGCAUCUUUGAAAGCCUGUGCUGUCCAAUGGCUUCAGGAGGAGAUCAUUUCGGCACAGAAAAACAAUGUUUCCAACGUAUUUUCAAAGCCUGAGGUCAUCGAGAGGCUUCAAUAUGAGAUUUUUCCAGACGCCCAAUCUGUUGCUAGUAUGGAGAAUGAUGAAAUUUUUGAAUACUGGGGAGAGAAUCAACAGUUCCUUCAUCAGGUCGCGAAUUUCGCGUACUUCCUCUUCAAUGGCCGCAAAGAUCUAGUCCCCGCUGGCAUGGGCGCAGCAGUUGACCAACGCUUUGCCGAGCCCUUGAUCGCCGCCGCAACCAAACUUGAAAAGGCUGAAGUGUUAGAUGGAAAUGAGGGUUUUCAGCUUGGCUUCGUAGUAGCUCGUCUGCAAGAACUGAACAUACAAUGAGUUAAAUACGGCCCUCUUUUCAUCCAUAAACGAAGUCAUUAACUACAGGAGGAGUCUCAAAAGGAACAAGAAACAUCAUACAGUUAGCUAGAUUAGGAUUCGACGAGUUAUUCCUUUUCUAACUCUGGCUUGAGUUCAGCUAGAGAAAGCGUGUCUCUUGAUUUGAAGACAACGUAGUAGACUAAUGCGUCCAGUAUCAAACUAGCUCAAAGCUCGAUUAGCAUUGCUUAUUUGGUACAAGUAUCAGACUAGAAACAUACUGUUUGUAUCAGGAUGAUAGUCUAUCAAGAAUUAAUCUAGCGCAUUCAGAAUUACAAUUUGAAUUGCGCCGUAGGGGGACGUGCUAUUCAUUUCUGCUAUGGUAUAACAUGCUCUUGUGCAUGCUCCUGCGCCUUACUAAGUAUCUCUUAAUCAUAUGAUCGACCCAUGAACUCGAGCACAUUCUUUUACGAGAGAGGUAUACACUCUUAUCAGAUCUCUCUGUAC